CGACCAUUGGCAACUUUGGAACGCAAAUGUCAAAAAUCCUGUGAGAGAAAUUUUGUCAUGCAUUAUUUCGUAAGAUAAGUCGAUAAGUGUUUCAAAUCCGUUUCGAAUAGGAACUUGACUAGCUUGAAGGUGACUGAUGAAGUGGGUGUGCUUUUUAACUUAAAUUUGUUACCAUUUGUUUUUUUUUACUUUAUGAUGAUCGAAGGACGAGCCAAUGACCUACCAGACUUUCUUGUCUUUCAGACAGUGAUCAAGUACUGUCUCUUUAUUAUUGUAGUACCCGUUGUAUCCUUCUUCUUUGUUAAAAGUCUUGUAUUUGAUGGAGUGUUGAGACUUGAUAACGUUACAAGCAGCGUCUAUUCUGCUAUAGUUGCAGUAAUUGCCUUACAUGUUACAUUAGGCAUGUAUAUUUAUAAGGCGUAUGGUGAGGCAGAAAAAUCACCUAAGCCAGUGAAAAAAGAUUAAAAAUUGCAUAACAAUAACUUAUUAUUUUAACUAUAAGAUAAACUUUAAAAAUGGAUAAUCUUUACAUGAAAGGA